AUGUCUGUCCUCUCUGGCUUCCAAGUUCCCAAGACCCAGACCGCCGCCGUCGUUCCCAGCGUCGGCUCUGCCAUCAAGAUCGAAAAGUCCCACCCCGUCCCCCAGGCCAAGGACCUCAAGCCUGGAGAGUGUCUCGUCAAGAUCUCCCACACUGGUGUCUGCCACUCCGACUUGCACGCCAAAGCUGGCGACUGGCCCAUCCCUCCCAUGACCCCCCUCAUCGGUGGUCACGAAGGUGUCGGCAAGGUCGUUGCUAUCGGUGACCACACUCAGAACUCGCCUGUCAAGCUUGGUGACCGUGUUGGUAUCAAGUGGCUUGCCAAUUCUUGUCUCAGCUGUGAGCCCUGCCGGCGAGGUUUCGAGAUGAACUGUGACCACGCCCAGCUCUCUGGCUACACCGUCGACGGCACUUUCGCCGAGUACGUCACCUCCUACGUCAACCACGUCACCCCCAUCCCCGCCUCCCUCGACUCUGCCGGCGCCGCCUCCAUCCUCUGCGCCGGUGUCACCUCCUACAAGGCCCUCAAGGUCUCCAACACCCAUGUCGGGGACUGGGUCGCCCUGCCCGGUGCUGGUGGUGGUCUUGGCCAUUUGGCUGUCCAGUACGCCAAGGCCAUGGGUCUCAAGGUCGUCGCCAUUGACACGGGCGCCGCCAAAGAAAAGCUCGUCAAGUCUCUCGGCGCGGACGCUUGGGUCGACUUCAAGACCUCCAAAGACCUCAUCGCCGACGUCAAGGCAGCCACCGGCGGCCUCGGCCCUGCUGCCGCAGUCGUCACCGCCUCUCACAAGACUGGUUACACGCAGGCUAUCGACUAUCUCAAGCCCUCUGGUACCCUCGUCGCUGUUGGUCUCCCGAACAGUGAGAUGGGCAACAACGUGUUCUGGACAGUGUUCAAGUCGAUCAGGAUCCAGGGGUCGUAUGUGGGUACGAGGCAGGAUGCGAUCGAGGCGCUUGCUUUGAUGGAGUCGGGUCAGGUGAAGGUUAUCUUUGAGGAGAGGCCUCUUGCGGAUCUCAAGGACGUCUACGAGGGUCUCGAAGAGGGCAAGAUCGCCGGUCGUAUCGUCCUCGAAGUCGCCAAGGAGUAA